ACCGGGCAUAGCCUUACUGACGAGUCCACCGGUAUUUCAAGUCGAUUGGAGCAAAAUUGACCAAGUUACGAGUAUUUUUAUACAUGUCGGAUUUUAAUACCUACCCGACCCGAGCGUGCUAUUCUUACCUGGCAGACGUUUCGCUCUCUAUAUAAUACCUAAUCUUACCCUCCAGAUCUAUCUAUAGAAAUUUUCACUUAAGUACAAACCUCCUUAUACCUGUACUGUAUAUUUUGUCAGUAUAGAGUAUAGAAUUUGGUGUAGCGGUAAAUAUUCUAUCGAGCAGACGUACACGUGCGUUCCUAUUUUCGCAUCAUUUUGGUUCCGUUUUCAUUAAGUUUUGUAUUAAAUUAUUACUAAAAUGCCUAAAAAAAUUACAAGAGCUGAUAGAAAAGCAACUGGUUCGAGAUUAUAUCGACCUAGAAAAAUUGUACCUCCGCACAAACGUAAAAACGAAGGCAUUUCAACGAGUAGCGCGUCGGCUAAAAAAAUGAAAGUGACCGUUGAAGAUCAAGUUGCGGAGGACCUUGAAAAACAUUAUAGGAUAAUUGAUUUUUUAUUAGUCUUUUCAACAAUUGCUACGCUAGUGAAGUGUGUGAAAUGUGAUGGAAAAGUAAAUUUUCAUUCGACUAAGAAAGAAGGCCUUGGAUUUAACAUCAAAGUGUCGUGCGAAUGCUGUAAACAGAUUACAAAUGUUCCGUCUAGUGCAAGAAUAAACUCUGGUAUUUUCGAAGUUAAUUAUCGGUUUGUUUUCGUGAUGAGGAUAUUAGGCCUUGGAUUAGAUGGCUGUGAAAAGUUCUGCGGCUUGAUGGAUUUGUCCAGUAGGUUUUUAUCGACAUCGACGUACAAUGAUUACGUGAAAAAAAUGUGCUCGACCGUAAGAGAAGUAGCGAGUCGAUUUUUUUUAUCUGCUAUAAAAGAAGAAAAAGCAGCAACAGCCGAAGAGAAAAAGACUGAAGAUGCCGACGAACUCACCGUAUCGGCCGACGGAACAUGGAAGAAAAGAGGCUUCUCAUCUUUAUUCGGCGCCACCUCGUUAAUCGGUUACUUUACAGGUAAAGUUCUUGACAUUUUCGUCAAAAGUUCAUACUGCCAUGAAUGUAAAACUUGGGAACAUAAAUUAAACUCUGCCGAAUACGAAGAGUGGCAUGAAGCCCAUGUAAGUGCUGGCAAGUGUCGGGCAAAUCAUACCGGUGCAACUGGGAGUAUGGAGGUCGAAGCGAUAAAAACCAUGUUUCAACGCUCGGUAAAGAAUGGUGUACGAUAUCGCAACUAUAUCGGCGACGGUGACUCUAAAGCUUACUCCGAGUUGGUGAAUUCUAAACCUUAUGGCGAUGAUUUUUCAAUAGUGAAAAAAGAAUGUGUAGAACAUGUUCAAAAAAGAAUGGGCACUCGUCUACGUGAAAUAGUCAACAAUACCGUUGUCGAUACUGAAACUAAGGCUGGAAAGAAGAUUGAAAGAAAGAGUCUGUCUGCUAAAGGGAAGCUUACGGCUAAAAUGAUCGAUAAACUGACGGUACACUACGGUUCGGCUAUUAGACGUUACUCUGAUUCCGUGGAAAGUAUGAAGAAUGCUAUCUGGGCAACGUUCUUUCACUACAGUUCGACGGACGAGAAUCCGCAGCAUAAAAAAUGCCCGAGCGGCGCGGACUCCUGGUGCGAAUGGCAAAAAGCUGCAGCUGCUGAUGCAUUGGAUUCGUUCAAACACACGUACAGUGCUCUUCCGGAGGAUGUUUUGAAUGCCAUCGAGCCUAUCUAUGAAGAUCUGAGCAAAGAUGCUCUCCUGGAGCGAUGUGUCGGAAGCUUCACGCAGAGCAACAAUGAGAGUUUGAACCAACUUAUUUGGAAAAUCUCACCAAAGCACUUGAGUGAAACCUCUGUCAUCGUUGAAAUUGCAGCUUAUGUGGCAGCCAGUGUUUUCAACGAAGGUUCUUUUGCUUUACUAACCUUCAUGCAAGACAUGGGAAUCAGUAGUGGAUCAAGCGCUCAUGACUGGGCGCGAUCAACUGACUCCAUACGUGUAAGCCGAGCAGAGCAGGAAGCUGAAAGACAAACUAAAGAAGGGUAGGAUUGGUCGUAGACAGGAGCAAAAAAGGCAGGACCUGGCAUUGGUGAUUUAGUGUGAGGUAAGCCGAUAAAAUUCGCUUAUGAACGUUUUAUACCAGAUUUUUUAGUGUUCAAAACUUUAAAGCGUUUUCCCCACAACUCACGUUUUCAAAGUCGGUGACCCUCAUAACUUCGAAACUACAGCACCGAGCCUUUUCAAAUUUUGAACACUAUUUCUGUACAUAAUUUACGAGGUAACGCUGGAGAGUUUUUUCAAAUUUGUUAAUUAUUUUUAUUUUACAAUAACAAAUUAGCCGAUUUUUUCGCAGAAAACCGCGUUUUUCCAUUCAAAGUGUUCCAAAAAAGUGAAAAAUUGAACUUUCGCAAAACCCUGCCAGCGUUACCCGGGGAAAACUGUUACCUAACGAAUGAACUUUGAUUUUUUGAUUUUAAAUGAUCCAGCAUCAAGUUAUGAGCAAUUCUAUUUUUUUCCGAGACACGUCCGAAUAAUUGCUGCCAUUGCUGUAUUUUUUAAUAUUUCUCCGUGAAAAUUUUAUACAACAUUCUUCGAAUGUCAUACUUUAAUGUACUAUUGGUUUUAAUAAAGAGAUUUUAACUGUGUCGUCACAAAAAAUUCACAAAAACAUGCCUUUUUUGUACGAAUUAACCUUAGCGCCCCCUCCCC